UAGUCGUCGCCUCCGCUGCGGUAAAGAAGCGGCUCGGGCGGCGGAUCCCACGUCGCGCCCGCCCGCCGUCCCCGGGAGGCCCUGUCCGCUCUCCGUUCAGCUCCGCGCCGUCCAGCGGGCGGGAGCGGGCGAGGGGAGCCGGGUGCCGCGAGAGAGGCCCCCCGCCGCGGGGCGGCCCAGUCCGCGCGGGCAGCGGGCGGCGCCGAGAGGGGCGGGGGCCGAGGAACGCCGCGGACUCCGCUCGCCGUCGUCGUUGCCAAGCAGGUUGUCCUGAAUUCCACAUGUCUAACAAUUUUUCUUGCAACGUUAGCUGUUGUUUUCCACUGCCUCCGAGAUCAAAAUUGCUCCGGAAAUUGGAGAGUAUUUGACUUAAAAGAGAAAACUUUAACAAAUGGACAAUAUGUCUAUCACAAAUACCCCAACAAGUAAUGAUGCCUGUUUGAGCAUUGUACAUAGUUUGAUGUGCCAUAGACAAGGCGGAGAGAGUGAAACAUUUGCAAAAAGAGCAAUUGAAAGUUUGGUAAAGAAGCUGAAGGAGAAAAAAGAUGAAUUGGAUUCUUUAAUAACAGCUAUAACUACAAAUGGAGCUCAUCCUAGCAAGUGUGUUACCAUACAGAGAACAUUGGAUGGAAGGCUUCAGGUGGCUGGUCGGAAAGGAUUUCCUCAUGUGAUCUAUGCCCGACUUUGGAGGUGGCCUGAUCUUCACAAAAACGAACUAAAACAUGUUAAAUAUUGUCAGUAUGCAUUUGACUUAAAGUGUGAUAGUGUCUGUGUGAAUCCUUAUCACUAUGAACGAGUUGUAUCACCUGGAAUUGAUCUCUCAGGAUUAACAUUGCAGAGUAAUGCUCCACCAAGUAUGUUGGUGAAGGAUGAAUAUGUUCAUGACUUUGAGGGACAGCCAUCGUUAUCCACUGAGGGGCAUUCAAUUCAAACCAUCCAGCAUCCACCAAGUAACCGUGCAUCGACGGAGACAUACAGCACCCCAGCGCUGUUAGCACCAUCUGAGUCUAAUGCUACCAGCACCACCAACUUUCCCAACAUUCCUGUGGCUUCUACAAGUCAGCCUGCCAGUAUACUGGCAGGCAGCCAUAGUGAAGGAUUGUUGCAGAUAGCUUCAGGGCCUCAGCCAGGACAGCAGCAGAAUGGAUUUACUGGUCAGCCAGCUACUUACCAUCAUAACAGCACUACCACCUGGACUGGAAGUAGGACUGCACCAUACACACCUAAUUUGCCUCACCACCAAAACGGCCAUCUUCAGCACCACCCGCCUAUGCCGCCCCAUCCCGGACAUUACUGGCCAGUUCACAAUGAGCUUGCAUUCCAGCCUCCCAUUUCCAAUCAUCCUGCUCCUGAGUAUUGGUGUUCCAUCGCUUACUUUGAAAUGGAUGUUCAAGUAGGAGAGACAUUUAAGGUUCCUUCAAGCUGCCCUAUUGUUACUGUUGAUGGAUAUGUGGACCCUUCUGGAGGAGAUCGUUUUUGCUUGGGUCAACUCUCCAACGUUCACAGGACAGAAGCCAUUGAGAGAGCAAGGUUGCACAUAGGCAAAGGUGUGCAGUUGGAAUGUAAGGGUGAAGGUGAUGUUUGGGUCAGGUGCCUUAGCGACCAUGCAGUCUUUGUACAGAGUUACUACUUGGACAGAGAAGCUGGGCGUGCACCUGGAGAUGCUGUUCAUAAGAUCUACCCAAGUGCAUAUAUAAAGGUCUUUGAUUUGCGUCAGUGUCACCGUCAGAUGCAGCAGCAGGCGGCCACUGCUCAAGCUGCAGCCGCUGCCCAGGCAGCAGCCGUGGCAGGAAACAUCCCUGGCCCAGGAUCAGUAGGUGGAAUAGCUCCAGCUAUCAGUUUGUCAGCUGCUGCUGGAAUUGGUGUUGAUGACCUUCGUCGCUUAUGCAUACUCAGGAUGAGUUUUGUGAAAGGCUGGGGACCGGAUUACCCAAGACAGAGCAUCAAAGAAACACCUUGCUGGAUUGAGAUUCACUUACACCGGGCCCUCCAGCUCCUUGAUGAAGUACUUCACACCAUGCCUAUUGCUGACCCACAACCUUUAGACUGAGGUCUUUUAUUGUUGGGGCCCUUAACAUUAUCAGGAUGGUGGACUAUAAAAUACAAUCCUGUUUAUACUCUGAAGAUAUAAUUCACUUUCGUUCUGCUUUAUCUUUUCAUAAAGGGUUGAAAAAUGUGUUUGCUGCCUUGCUCCUAGCAGACAGAAACUGGAUUAAAACAUUUUUUCCCCCUACUUAGAACUUUUCAGGCAUGACUCAGAGCUUGAAGAUUAGGAAAAACACAUUCUUAUUAAAUCUCCACCAGUUAUGUAUGAGGGAAUCAUCCCAAUGCUGGAAAAUAUAGUCCUUUAAAAUGUCUCAGAGCCUUUUUAUGCAGAACAUCAAUACAUGUGUUAUUCUACAGAGUAAAUUCAAUAUUGCUGAUUUUAAAGACAGAGAAGUUCUCAAAGUUAAUUCACCUGUAAUUUUGUGUGCAAGUUAUUAAUGAACAUACUUUAUCCUAAAAUAUUGUGCCAUGUGGGUGAGUUAAUUUUAUCAAGAGCAACUUUACUCUGUUUAAAAAAUGAGAUACUAAUGUAUUAUAACCUUUUAUCCAAAGUACUUUUUUUGCAAGAUUAACUAGUGAAGAUGAUUUCAAUUCAGAUUAUCUUGCUACUUUUAUUUUUGCCAAGGCAAAUAACUAAUUUGUAUGUAUAUUGAGAAUUCCUUAAAAUUACCAGACAAAGAAAUAUCACUUAAAAUUACAUUUGUUAUCUCUACUGGAUAACUUUUAUCAAGAAGUAUACUUUUGCCCUGUUAGAUGUAUUCUUCUUUCUAGACACAAGGUUGGUCACUAAGAAGCCUAGAAAUUUCUUUGCUUCAUUAAUUCAUAGGGAAAGGUUUUAUAUUUUAAAAAACACUAAAAGCAGUGUCACUCCACAUAUGAUCUCACUGUUCUGCAAAGGUGGCAAUGCUUAAAUAAUGAGUAUUUUGGAAACUGCCAAAUUCUGUGUUAAAUACUGUGCAGAAUAAUAGAAACAUUACAGUUAUUAGUAGGUAGUUUGGAUAUUUUUGUACUUGAUUUAAUGUGUGACUUUUUUUCGUAUACUGUUUAAAUCAUGUAUGUUAUGACAUUGUUUAAAAUUCAGUUUUUGUAUCUUGGGGCAAGACUGCAAACUUUUUUAUACCUUUUGGUUAUUCUAAGCCCUUUGCCAUCAAUGAUCAUAUCAGUUGACAGUGACUUUGUAUAGAGAACUUAAGUAGAAAAGUUGCAAAUGUAUUGACUGUACCACAGACACAAUAUGUAUGCUUUUUACUUAGCUAGUAGCAUAAAUAAAACCGAAUCUCAACAUGCAAAGUUGAAUUCUAGGUUUGAUUUUUAAUUUUUUUUUCUUUUUGCACUUUUGAGUCCAACCUCAGUGGCAAGACACCUUCUACUAAAUGACAGGCAACAGCCAGUACUAUUGGGCAGCUUUGGUUUUUUCCCUCACGCUCUCCCAGGACUUCCCCAUGGACAUUGUGUAUCAAGUAGAGUUGGUUAUUUUUGAGCUUUCAUUUUACUGUAGCAAAAAUAGGCCUGAUUGUUUACAAGACUAGAUGGGUUGUCUACAGGAUAAGUAGUGUGACAUAAAAUCAAGAUUAUCUUUCAGAUGCUUUUACUUUUUACCUGGAGGGCCUUUCUGAAUGUAGUAAGAUUCUUUAAAGUGUGCUACAAGUUUGAGAUAUGAGAAACACCUAUGCAUGAUAAUCAUCCUUCCUUCAGCUUACAUGAACAAGUCUUCUACUUCCUUGCUCAGAAAGUCAUCUUAAUCAGACCAUCCUGGAACCAGACCAACCUGGACUGAGUUGGCUUAUUGCUGUGAUUUAGACAUAGAUCUUGAUCCAAGCUACAUGUCUCUUGUUUUUAAAAUAACUUCUCUACCAGGUCAUUUGUACUCUUGAGUACUUAGAGAUACUUUUGUUUAAAACCGAAUUUUAAUCUGUAAAACUUUGGUGAUUUAACUUCUUUGGCAGAUUUGAAAAAAUGUAUCUUCUCUAGAAAUUAUUGACUGUCUCUUUUACUGUGAAUGAAGAAAGGAGUAAGAGGAGAGUCUUUCAGAGUUAACAGAUUUUUAAAAUCCAGAUUAUUUCAUUAGAACCAUAAGCAUGCUAUGCUAUAGUCCGUUGCCUCCUUUUCUGCUUUAAGGAAGGUUUCAUGUUUACACAUCUGGUUAAAGUGUGGAAAAUACUUGCUAAGAAGUCUGACUUUGAGGCCAAGCCACCUAUCUUGUUUUUUUUCUGCUAAGAACCAUAAAAGCUCUACAAGCAUAUAAAAGAAUUUCUGGUUAUCAGUUUUAUAUUUGUACUAGAUUUAGUCACAUGCUUUUGAGAAAAUAUCUAGUAUGUUAUGGUCAGCUGUUCUGGAGAGCUUAGUUGUUAGUUGGUGUUUCAGUUUCCGAGAGGCAGCCAUUUUUGAUGAGUAAGACUAAGGAAUCACUAGGUUUAAAAUUUUACGGCUCCUUUAAGGGUAGAAGAGUUUCAGCAGUUCUUGGAAUCUGAUUAUUAUGAGGAUAUGGUUCUGGGUGGGUUUUCUUAGCAAGUUCAUAUCUCAAAGACUCUCAGAAUAUCGAGUCUCCUUGAAAACUUGAGAGAGAAACGAAAUACAUACCUUUAUAAUCAGUCUGAGGCCCAUUCCACUUUGUCCAGUGCCUUUCAGGGCAUUAUCAAAAGGAAUCCUUAAUGGUGUUGCCUUUAUUUUCAGGAAGUAGAUUCUUUUGUGGAAUAUAGUCUAUCUCAUUUUGUGUAGUAUACUACUCCUGGUGUAGAAAGGUAAUGAUACUAAAUACUGCCAUAUACCCUUGUUUUCCCAGAAGCUUGGCUCACUGGUACUGACCUGCCUGGUACAUAGGUCUCCCAUCCCAUUCCUCCUGUAAACAUUGUAGGUUUUCAGGUUGGGUGGUCUGACUUAAGGGUAACCAUACUUAGAAUAUCUCGGUAAACUGAAUACACAAUAGCUUUGUUGUAUUUCAAAGCUAAAGGUCCGUUCUUGUGGGAAAGGGUGUGGUGUAAAGGGGGUAUUUGUAAUAGAAAUGUUGAAGGUGAAAUAAAAUGUCCUGUCUUCCAGAUGAUAAAUACCUUAUUUAAAAGUGUAUUGCAGUUAUCUUUUUGACUGUGGCCAUCUGGAGAAGGGAAAUAACACAUUUUCCCAUGGUGCUCCUUAAGUAUCUGUGGAGGUUAAAGAAUGUAAGGUGAUAUAUGUCUACUCCUAGUUUGGUGGUAACUGGUUAAUUGUUAACUAGCUGUGUGUCAAUCAGGUAGUUAAGAUCCUUUUUGAGAACCUUUGGGGAGAAGCAGUUUUGUUCUGAGUUUGGGUAGAAUCCUUUUUGUUGAUAGUUUCUAUAAUUUGCUGCCUUUAUCAUUAAGUCAUUUUUCCAGGCAUUUUAUUUAACGAUUGCAGAUUGGGAAAAUGGUGAAUUUUAGGUCACUGAGGUAAAUGAGAAUGAAUAUGAAAGCAAUUACCUGUAAAGUCAGUUAACUCAUUUGUAGAUGGGGAUUGACUAAGACUGGCAGAUAAUAGCAUGAAAAAAAAUAUUUUUUUCAAAGCCCUUUAAUACACUGUUUCACUUGAUCUUUACAAUAACUCUGUGAGAAGGGGUUAGAGAGAAGGAAAUCCUUGUUUUCUUCUUUCUAAAGCCAAAAUCCAUUGCAUUGUAGGUAACUAUCAAUAAAUAAUUGCCUAAACCAUACUUUGCAAGAUGAUAGAAAACAGGCUGUGAUAGUCUUCUGUGCAAGCCUUUCCAUUUUUUUCUGACAAUUAGAUAAUUUCUUUUCUCCUGAGAUAUAUCAGGAAGGAUGUAAGAAGUUAGCGUCUAUUCACAGCAGUGUCCUCCAGCCCAGACUUGACCCAGUGCUACCGGGUUGCUUAUCGUGUUUAUCUGGUAUCACUCUGGAGUGGAAUUUUCUGUGUAAUCCAAACUUGCCUUAUUUAAGCAGUAAAGCUUUUUUAUUUUAGCCAUUUUUUGAAUGGAGUUUUUAAUAUGUAUAUCAGAGAACAUACUGGAUAUAACAUUUGUAGACUUUAGGGGCUGCUAAGACAGGCAGACUGUUUGGCCUUUGCAAAUGGUUAUACCCCACUGUGGUGUUGAGUGUUUGGUUUUAUAUACACACCCUCCAGCCUUCUCCCUUUCUGACAGUGACCACUUCCUACGUGCCUCCCCUCAGUAGUUUCUUCUUCCCUUUCUGAUUAAUAUUUCCACCUGCUUGGGCAAGGAAACCAGAUAACCAAACUUUUGUAGAACUUUCUUUAAAACACAUGGACAAACUGGGAUGGGACCCAAGAAACUUUACUAAGUGUUGAAAAGGACAUCAGUGCUUUUGGUGUUUGACAUCAGUUUGACUGCUUAGGGGGCUUCCUGAUUCCUGCUGUGUUGCAGGUAGUUGAGGUAAAAAGAAGUGAGUCAUACUCAUAUUUUCCCCCUUUUGAAAGGCUUCAUUGCUUCCACCUGAAUGCUGCUCAUACAAAACUGGGCUUUAUAAGGGUUACUAAAUUAGCAUCAGUAGCCAGAGGCAGUACUGUUGCAUAGAGGACACCAGCAAAUAAAACAAAUGAACAACAAAAAACAAACCUUGGAAUAUAAGAGGGUAAUUUUUAUUUUGUUUUGGUGUCCCCUUUUGAGCCCUACCUUCUGGCCUUCCUUCUCUAUUAGAUGUUUUUGACCUGUGGUGCCUUUAUGAGAAUUGAGGUCUGAUAUUCUGCCCCAAGGAGUAGCUACAGUAAGUGCUGAUGUUUUCAGGGAUUUUAAUAUCAGACUUGAAGAAUGACUGAACCUUCUUUCUUUUCUUUCUUCCGUUCUUUUGUUCUGUUUACGUAGGAAGGACUGAGAAAACUCUGGUGAAGACAAUCAUUUCUCUCUUGAUGUGGAUAAUUUUCACAGUUUACUUAAGAUGCUUUCUCAAUGGGUCUCAGAGCCAGUGUUCUUGUUCAGCCUGAAACUAGUGGCUCUGGGUGGGGCCAGUAAUAUUCUCUGGUUUGCACUCUGCCACUAAUUUGAUGUAUGACCUUGGGCAAGUCAUUUACCUUCUCUGGGCCUCAGUUGCCUCAUCUGUAAAAUGGGGGAGUUGGACUAGAUAAGUUCUUCCAGCUCUAAUCUAAGUGACCUUGCCUACCUUACAGCAAUUUUUGAUUUCUUUACCUUUGCUCUGCUGUUUGGGAGGCUUUUUACUUAUUUCCACGUUAUUCAGAUGAGACUAGGCUUGAUAUUUUAUUAGUAUUCUGUGGACAAGAAGUUACAUAAUAUGUCCUUAAGACUUAAAUUUAACCAAAGGCCUAGCACCACCUUGGGGGCUGCAAUAAAUAUUAAAAAAAAAAACUGAGAAGUGGGGGAAAGCCUUCAUUUUAUUUUCCCAUCAUCUCUAUUCAAGGUUUAUUAAGGCAAAUUUUUUUAAGUCGCGACAUCCUCCCUUUUGGACUGGUAUGUGUGUGACACCAUCUCGCAAGUGCUAUGUACUCAUAAUUUUCAGCUGCAAU